AUGGUUAAAAAAAAGACAACCAAUUCUGAAUCUAUACCUCAGAGAAAUAUCCAAAAUAAGAGAGUAGCUUUGUUAUUGAAAGCUUUAAAAGCAGAUCCUACUGAGGAUUGGACAAAGGAUGAAGUUUCAUUGAUUAUCUACUGGUUGUUGCAAAUAAGUGCAUUUGUCAUUGGUACUAUAUUUGGUCUGACUGGAGCCAAAGGUAUUGGAGUAUUUAUUUCAUCUUUACUGUGCUUGAUAUUCAUUGGACUCAUUUAUAUCAAUUAUUUGGAUAUUCCAGAAAGGAUACUAGACCCUACAGAAGUGGUUAUUGAAAAUACAGCAUCUUGUUUAGUAACUUUUAUACUUGUAUGGGUGACUUUAUACACACUAGUCCACUUCUAG